GUCCAUUUCUUGCUUUAAAUGCAAGACAACGUGAGCUUUGAUACUGCAGAUAUGGAAAUAAUAACUGUACUACUGAUUUUUCUCUCAGGUCUCCUUGGGGGGUACUCUCUUCUUCCUAGGCAAUUCUACUAUGAAAAAGAACCAAUGACUUGGACAUUGGCUAAAAACUACUGCAGAACGACAUACACAGAUCUGGUUUUUGUGUAUAGCCCUGAGGACAUAGACAAGCUGGACCAGAUUUCACAUUUUUCUGAUCAUUAUGCAUGGUUAGGGGGAGUUGAAAUGAUUGCUUUCCCACAGAACAUUACGGACAGUGUAAACUCAACUCAGGAAUGUGUCUUAGUAAACACUGUUUCUUGGAAAUGGAAAUAUGUAUCAUCAAAGGACUGUAGUUCACUGUAUCCGUUUUACUGUAGUAGAGAUGAAGGCAAAAGGGUGUUGUUGCGAGUGAAAGUGACAUCUGGCAGAAAAGUGAACCCUGUCACGAAGGCGAACUUCUUAGUUCAGAUCAGUGAUGAAAUCAACCAGCAAGGGUUUGGCGACGUUGUCAAUGUACAGUGGAGCACAAAGCAAGAUCAGAACAAAAUGCAGGGAGAAAACAAUAGCUGUGAAUAGGAUCUGCAAUAUAUUUUCCUCAUUUUCACGUGAUUUUGAAAAAUAUAAUUGACAUAAUUUCUUGUAAUGAAUAACUAUGCUCUAUGUUAUUAUCAUUAACAUGUUCUAAACUUACUGUAAUGAGCAAUUUAAGUUUAUCAGGAGUCAGGACAAUAAUUCAAGAGAUUUAGUAAAGUUUAAUGAAGCAUAUGUUUUGUGAGACAACUAUCACUAUAUAUUAGAACAUCUACUGAACUAGUCAAACCUUUACUGUAUCUGUCUUUAUCCCAUCCACUGUUUAUAAAUGACCAGCUUAAUCAUUAAAUAAAUU